AUGGCAAAUAAAAAGGGCCAACAAGAGAUGGUGCAGGUCGGUAAUUCCGAGCGUACCGAAUCUCCCUUUUGGGCUGGUCGUAGUGUAUCGUUGAACCAGGGCUCGUCGAGAGUGUAUGGCCCAACCCCUGUUGUCGGCGCAUCGUAUUCCCAUGCCGACAUUGUUCAAAGCGCUUUGUCGCACCAACGAACCAAGACACCCCCCCAAGCCGGGUCGCAUAUGGCGAAUCGAUCGGCAAGCAUGGUCGCAUCACCGCCUCGACACGCAUAUCCUGGACUCCAAGGGAAAGGAUCAAACGAGUGGGGCCGCAAUCCAGCCGACCAAGAGGAGGAUGAUGAUGACGAUGACGACGAUGAAAUUGUUUAUGAUGACGAUGAGGACGAGUUUGGCCUGCCUAGUCUCGCCAGCAUGAGGAGGAAGAAAGCUCUAUCUUCGAAAAACAAAAAUUUGGAUUCUGGAUACUCGGCAAGAGGGAGCCCUUCAGCCUUGGGAUUCGGACUGGCCGCCAUGAACAGACAGCGUGCUAAUAGCUCCGAUAUUGCCGAAGAACGUGGGACCCCAAUGUACCCAACCGCACGGAAAACUGAAGGCAAGAUCCUCCGUCCACAGUACAAGGAUAUUCUUCGUGACCCGGCAAAUGCGCUUAAUUUAAUCAACCAUUCACCUCCACCCACCAAUGCCUCACCGAAAGAGAGGGAAAUCCAUUCCAGUCGAAUUACACGCAUCAACAAGUUCAAGCGCAUUCUCCAAGCGAGCACUGUAUCACUCACCGAGCUCCGCGACCUGGCAUGGUCUGGUGUUCCCGAAGAGGUCCGUCCGAUGACCUGGCAGCUACUGCUUGGAUACCUUCCCACGAAUAGCGAGCGCCGCAUCUCGACGCUUGAGCGAAAGCGCAAAGAGUAUCUUGAUGGAGUGCGCCAGGCAUUUGAGCGAGGCAGCGGAACUGUUGCAAAUCCGCCGGCUUCGACCACGGGACGUGGACGGGGAUUGGAUGAAGCAAUCUGGCACCAGAUCAGUAUCGACGUUCCACGCACUAGCCCACAUAUACCACUGUACGGAUACGAGGCCACACAGCGAUCCCUCGAACGAAUACUCUACGUGUGGGCGAUUCGCCACCCCGCGAGUGGCUACGUUCAAGGCAUCAAUGACUUGGUGACUCCGUUCUGGCAGGUGUUCCUGGGGGUGUACAUCACCGAUCUCAAUGUCGAAUCAGGCAUGGACCCAGGGCAAUUACCCCGGAGUGUGUUAGAUGCUGUCGAGGCCGAUACCUUUUGGUGCCUCACGAAAUUACUAGAUGGCAUCCAAGACAACUACAUCUACGCUCAACCUGGCAUUCAUCGCCAGGUCAGAGCUUUGCGUGAUCUCACAAAGCGCAUUGACUCUGCUCUGGCCAACCACCUCGAGCAGGAAGGUGUGGAAUUUAUGCAAUUCAGUUUCCGUUGGAUGAAUUGCUUGCUCAUGCGGGAAAUGAGCAUCCGAAACACAAUACGAAUGUGGGACACUUAUAUGGCCGAGGAGCAGGGCUUCUCCCGAUUUCACCUCUAUGUCUGCGCAGCUUUUCUGGUCAAAUGGACAGACCAGCUCGUCAAGAUGGAUUUCCAGGAGGUGAUGAUGUUUCUCCAAGCGCUGCCCACAAAGGAUUGGACCGAGAAAGAUAUCGAGCUUCUACUGAGCGAAGCAUUCAUCUGGCAGAGCUUGUUCCAGGACUCACGCGCUCAUCUUCGGCCCACAGGAAACGAGCCUCCUGAAAAUGGUAUCUUUUAUUGA